ACCAGUGCAGUUGCUGUGGAGCAGUUGUCGUCCACAGAUCUUCUUCAGAAACACCCACAAACGCUCACAAGGACCAGUACUGCUUUUCAGAGGAGACACAGUGUAGCCGGUGGACUCUAAAACCAGCAAAGACAUGGAGCUUUUCGAGACCAACCCCUACUUUUUCAACGACCAGCGUUUUUAUGAAGGCGCAGAUAAUUUCUUCCAGUCCAGAAUCAAUGGAGGCUUCGAGCAAGCUGGAUUUCAGGACAGGAGCUCCAUGAUGGGCUUGUGUGGAGACGGACGGAUGCUGACCACCACAGUUGGGUUGGAGGACAAACCGUCUCCAUCGUCCAGCCUCGGUUUGUCCAUGUCUCCUCAUCAGGAACAGCAGCACUGCCCCGGCCAGUGUCUCCCCUGGGCCUGCAAGGUGUGCAAGCGCAAGUCGGUGACUAUGGAUCGAAGGAAAGCCGCUACCUUGAGAGAGAAGAGGAGGUUGAAGAAGGUGAACGAGGCCUUUGAGGCUCUGAAGAGGAGCACGUUGAUGAACCCCAACCAGAGGCUGCCGAAGGUGGAGAUCCUGCGCAGCGCUAUACAGUACAUCGAGAGGCUGCAGGCGCUGGUCAGUACCCUCAACCAGCAAGAGCAUGAACAGGGGAACCUGCAUUAUAGAGCCGCCACCACCGCUCCACAUACCGGGGUGUCGUCCUCCAGUGAUCAGGGCUCUGGCAGCACCUGCUGCAGCAGUCCAGAGUGGAGCAGCGCGUCUGAUCACUGUGUCCCCGCCUACAGCACCGCCCAUGAUGAUCUGCUGAACGAUGACUCUUCAGAGCAAUCCAACCUGAGGUCUCUGACAUCUAUAGUGGACAGCAUUACGGGAACAGAGGCAACUCCAGUGGCCUAUUCAGUAGACAUAAGCAAAUAAAUCAGAAGGACGACCCACCAUUACCUUCAGACCAGCUUUCCCUGACCACAACAGCAACAUUAGAUGAAGCUUUUGCAAGUUAGACGAGCCUUGGAGGGCUUAAUUUCCAGACAAAUCUCGAGGUCCAUAUGAUUAUAUUUCCAAAUGUUUCUUAUCUCUAUGGAAAUGAAAAUGAAUUUCAGAUCCCCCUGCUGAAACUUAAGGCAGUCAGGAAGGCUGAUUCAUAUUUUCAUAGUUUGAUUCCUUUAUUUUUGCAUUCUGAUUUUGUGUGUGAUUUAUGCUUACCAAUGACAAAACAUUUGUGGGUCCAAUGCUUUUGACCAAUUUUAUUUUAAUUUAAACUAGUUCCGAAUGCCAGUCUUGUAAAUAUGUUCCUAUUUUCUACAGAGUGCUUUUUGUUAUGUUAUUUUGUAUGUUUUCCCCGUGUGUUUGCUAUUAUUUAUUUGGACUUUUAUAAUAAAGAUUGUUGUGUAUUUGUA